AUGUUGUCUUUCGUCUUCAACAUCAGCAGUGCUUUGGAUGCAUCAGUCUUCAAAAGCAGCUUGCAACACUCCAGAUGGCCCUUGACGGCGGCCACAAAUAGAGGAGUUCUUCCCCAAAAGUCUUGCUUCAAUGGGUCUGCCUUGCUACCUAGCAAGUGCCUCAGGGUCUCCAGGUCGUCUUGGAAGGCGGCAUGCGCCAGGCAUGCCGUCGCCGGGCGAGCGCUCGUGCAACCUGCGCUCGUGCUGGCGCCCUCCGCACGCUCGCAGCACCCUCCACCUUCAGCUUCGCCCACUGGCAGCUCGGCAGAGUCAGUGGACAUGGACAUUGGAAGCCGUAGGGCCGAAGCCGGCGCAUGCAGCUUGAGCCAGAGGACGCAGAAACGGCAUUCCAAAACGCUUUCUCCUGGCUGA